AUGAUAUUCUCCAGUAGUCUUCUCUCCGAUAUCGGUUACUCAUAUGCUGCAUUCUUUGAUUAUAUGAACGCAAAUACUGGAAGUACUCGAAUUCGCUACCUUAUUUACUAUAUGGCCUACUAUCUUGAAAACGCCUGCAUGAUCGGUGCUUGGUACGCAUACUUCUCUCAACGUCAAGUGUGGUACUAUCUCCCAGCCCUCCUGGUGAUCACAGUUGCUCAGCUCGGGGGAUUUAUUCUAUUACAGAUCUAUUUAUACUGUUUUUCCAGCUCUCCGUAUAGCACAUGGAUCGGUGGCUUAUGUGCAACUCCCAAGGAACCUUCGAACCCAUCUUUAGUUGAUACGCAUACCAUAACAAUACACUCUGAAGAAACCAGACCAAGAGGGAAUAGAAAGUAUAUGGCAGCUAAGCAAAGCAGCUCUGUAUUAACAAAUAGUCACGAAAUUGUCCAUGGAAGCCAUUUUUCUGGUGGAGUGGCAGGCAAUAUUCAGUAA